AUGGCUUCAGAUAUGGAAACAAUUGAAAAGAGAUUGAAAUCUUUUACUGGUCAGCUCCAGACAGAGUUUGGAAUACUCGAGAGGCUUGUGUAUAAACACAAGAACCAACACCGCAGAUGCACUUACUUUCAGUAUGUUCUCAAGGUAGGAAGCCUUGAUAAUGCUUGCGCAUGUGUAUGGUUGAGUGUGCAUGCGGGACUGGAAUUGGUUAGAAGGGAUUUGAAGCUUCUGAUAUCAGCAAAUGUGGAGGACAUAUUCAAUUCUUCUUUUCUCGUGGUCAAUGGGAACCGGCCAAAGCAAAAGGUUCAACUUUUGGAAAGUUUGAAGAAGAGAAAAUGUGGAGCUGGAAAAUUCAAUUUUUUGGAGAAGCUUUUAGGAAUUACCCGCCUCUUGUCACAGAUAGUUGAGCCAUUGCUCAAGGCGGCUAUGGAGCUGUCAACACUUCUUGCGCGCUCGUUUUUCAUGAAGUUUUCACUGACGACAUUGGCCGUGCUUGCGCGGAUCCGAGUACUGGUUCAGCAAAUGCUUCUUGAUGCUGUUCUUCUUUACAACACUGUUUCUUCUAUUUCUCAUAGCGAACAGUCUGUGAAGCUAAAUCAAGAAGGAGUUGAGGUUUUCCGGGAAUAUUAUCCAAGAAAGGAGGAAGCUUCAAUAAUGCUAGAAUGUGUUUGGCAGACAGAUAAGUAUCUGUUAGUCGAGCAGAAGCAUAAAUGUGAUUCCAAUGCGCAAGAGAAGGAUUUACUGGAAGAUGUUCCACUGGGCACAUCAGAAAUACAAUAUGAAAACAUCGAGGUUUUACUCGGAGUUGAUGAAUCUGGUAUUGCAGCAGCUUCGGAGCCUAGUCUAGCCACUCCAGUUAACAUUGAAAAAGAUGAUGAGAUUCCUUUGAUAAAAAAUGACGAGAAACUUAUUGAAGGGAACACCUCAGAAUAUAUAGUGGGACCUUCAGCUGAAACCUUAGCUUACUCAGAAAACGUGUUAACCACCAAGAAUUUAUCAGCGGGAAUGAUCUUUGAGUCGAAUGAUGAAAAGCAAGCUGAGGAAAAUUUGUGCAUUACUGAAGGUGACUUGCCAACUAGUUGGAGCAAACCUCUUGUUGCCGGUCCACCGAAACUUAAAAACAUUAAAAGGGAAAGGGUUGCAUUUGUGUCUGUUAAACCACCAGCCCCAUCUUCUGCUAGAAAUGAAUCUAAGUUGUUGGAUUUGAAACCUUUGGAAAAGGAAGAGGUUGAGAAAUACGAUGAUCCGUUUUUUAAACUUCUGACUGGAGGAAGCAAGAAAGGUCGGAUUUUUUAACUCACUGUUACUGCAAUUUUUGGGUCUUUUUUUAUGGUAAUGUUUGUUGAUGUUCUCAUGUAGGAGAUAGUGAAUGAAAGGAAGCAUAUUUUGCAAUUUCACAGCGUUGGCCGAGAUUUUGGCCCUCCUGUUUUUUGUGUUUUUUUGUUCGAUCUUGAUUGCUUGGUGGAUGAUAAAAUUCUGCCUUCAGUAUCAUGUGAAACUGUGAACACUUCAUUCGAGUUUGAAGUGUAUGAUGAGCUGUAACAACAAAUUUUAUGAAAAACAUAAGACUUUUGUACAACUUGAAUAUAUAUUGAUCAAACGAUAUGCGAGUACAAUCUCUAUAUGUAUCUUCUGAUUCUUCUCUUCAUGGAUCUUUAACUUGAAUGUCGUCGAUCUUCAAAAACACCUUUGGAUCUUCAAGAGAAUUAUUGAGAGCUCUUUGAAUUGAGACUUUUUUUUAUGAGGUAUUGAAUUUUUUGAGGUGUGAUUUGUGGCAUUAGAGAGAACUCUAUUUAUAGGUGU